GGGUACCCCUCGGGCUGUCCCUUGGUGAGGUCCAGGUGGGCGUGGGUCUGGGGGUUGCCGCUGGGCAACUGGAAGGAAGCUGGCUGGACUCGCCUAAAGCAGCGGGGGAGGAGGGGGUCCCAUAGGGGGAUUUCCAGUGGGUGGGGUGGGGACAGUGCAAGUUCCUGGAGCCUGUUGCACCCCUUUAGGGCUGCAGCCCCCCCAGCCCCGCAGCUCUCUCCCUGCUCUGAGGAAGCUGCCCUGAUUUCCCUGUCCCUGAGCCAGUCUGGGACGGCCCCGCCCCCCCCAGGCCAGGCCCCAGUGGGCCAGCUCCUGCCUCCUGCUUCUGGCUUCAGUUGACUCAUUUCCCCCGGGAAACUUUCCUAAAGCGGGACAGGGCAUCAGGGCUCCUCAGCCCCAGGCCUGAGCGCGGUGGGCAGGGCCGGGGCAGGAGGGAGCAGCUACCGCGGGGCAGGCCUGUUACCCUGAGGCAGCGCCUGCCCGGGAGGGACCCUUUCAGUGUGCGACCCCAAGUGAAAUUCUUUCUCCCCUGAGCCCCCACCAGCCGUCUCCACGUUGAUGGUGUCGGAAGCCGGGUAGAAAAGCUGGUGUAUGGGCUGGAUUAGUCACAGGGAGGGGGCCGGAGACCUGGGACAGGAGUGAGUACUGCAGCCGCCCACGCCCACACGAGGGCCCGCUCUUCCUCCUGCUGCCAGACUGGGGCGUGGCUGUGUCCCCAGCUGAGCACUGAGCACGGGUGGCCUUGGGGGACGUGCUGGAGCCUUCGUGGAGGGGGUGGGGUGGGGCGGGCAGUUAUUCUCGGAGGAGGCCUCAGCCGGGUAGAGUUUCAGGUUGUUUAUGCCUCUCGGAGGCACCUGGGGGCAGGGGUGCUCAGCUCAGCUCCGCUCCUCGCUGACAGCUUGGCCGGCCAAGAGACACCUCCGAUUUCCCUGUCCCGCGGCGGGGGUGGGGGGUGGGGUGCGGGGGUGGGCCCUGCAGUCCCCGGCAGACCAGGGGUCUGGAGCUUUCUCCAGGCUGUUCUGGAGGAGGGGGCACAGUGGUCCUCAGCCAGCCCUGGGUGGGCAGUGUGCCAGCCUGAGCACAGGAGGGGCAGUUCACAGCCGAUGCUGGCCUGAGGCCUGCCUGGCUGUUCUCGGCAGCUCCGUGCUAUUAAUACCAGGCCAGCGCACAGCCCCCCGCCGGGUGAUCCUCUUAUGCCCGUAGCCUCGGCCGCUGAGGCCGGCGGUGAGUGCUGUUGCUCCGGCCCGGGCUCCUGGGGCCUCUCACCUGUUGGCCCCCCGCCUCCCAGGGGACAGCCUCUGCCAGCCAGGGCCUGGACCCCACUUCAGCUCCUCACCUGCUGUGCUGCCCACCCAUGGAGGAGCAGUUCAGGGGGCUCCUGAGCUGUCCUGGGGGGCUGCCAGGGGUCUAAGAGGCAGUGCGGCGAUGCCCGGCACACACCUGGGAUCGCCCUGCUGUCCCGGUUCCCCCUGUGUCCUGGCCAUGAGCAGCCCCCCCGCUUACCCUGGCUUCAGGGUCUCGGGGUGCUGGACCCUUGGAGCGGAAGGCAGCAGCAGGAGCAGCAGCAACGCGGAGCCCGUGGGCAGGCUUCUCCCGCCUGUGGGCGCCGGGCGCCCGCCCCGGAAGCGCACCACCAGCCAGUGCAAGUCCGAGCCGCCGCUGCUGCGCACGAGCAAGCGCACCAUCUACACGGCAGGACGGCCGCCCUGGUAUAACGAGCACGGCACCCAGUCCAAGGAGGCCUUCGCCAUCGGCCUGGGAGGCGGCAGUGCUUCCGGGAAGACCACUGUGGCCAGAAUGAUCAUCGAGGCCCUGGACGUGCCCUGGGUGGUCUUGCUCUCCAUGGAUUCCUUCUACAAGGUGCUCACCAGGCAGCAGCAGGAGCAGGCCGCCCACAACAACUUCAACUUCGACCACCCUGAUGCCUUUGACUUCGACCUCAUCAUCUCCACCCUCAAGAAGCUGAAGCAGGGCAAGAGUGUCAAGGUGCCCAUCUACGAUUUCACCACCCACAGCCGGAAGAAGGACUGGAAAACGCUCUACGGUGCAAACGUCAUCAUUUUCGAGGGCAUCAUGGCCUUUGCUGACAAGACACUGCUGGAGCUCCUGGACAUGAAAAUCUUCGUGGACACGGACUCUGACAUCCGCCUCGUGCGGCGGCUGCGCCGUGACAUUAGCGAGCGGGGCCGGGCCAUCGAGGGUGUCAUCAAGCAGUACAACAAGUUCGUGAAGCCCGCCUUCGACCAGUACAUCCAGCCCACCAUGCGCCUGGCGGACAUUGUGGUGCCCCGGGGGAGCGGGAACGCAGUGGCCAUCGAUCUGAUCGUGCAGCACGUGCACAGCCAGCUGGAAGAGAGGAAGCUGCGCUGGGAUCUGGCCGCACUGGCCUCAGCGCACCAGUGCCACCCCCUGCCCCGGACGCUGAGUGUCCUCAAGAGCACGCCGCAGGUGCGGGGCAUGCACACCAUCAUCCGGGACCGGGAGACCAGCCGCGACGAGUUCAUCUUCUACUCGAAGAGGCUGAUGCGGCUGCUUAUCGAGCACGCGCUCUCCUUCCUGCCCUUCCAGGACUGCGUCGUGCAGACCCCGCAGGGCCAGGACUACUCGGGCAAGUGCUACGCGGGGAAGCAGAUCACAGGCGUGUCCAUCCUGCGGGCCGGCGAGACCAUGGAGCCUGCGCUGCGGGCCGUGUGCAAGGACGUGCGCAUCGGCACGAUCCUCAUCCAGACCAACCAGCUCACCGGGGAGCCCGAGCUCCACUACCUGCGGCUCCCCAAGGACAUCAGUGACGACCACGUGAUCCUGAUGGACUGCACAGUGUCCACUGGCGCGGCGGCUAUGAUGGCGGUGCGGGUGCUGCUGGACCACGACGUGCCCGAGGACAAGAUCUUCUUGCUGUCGCUGCUCAUGGCGGAGAUGGGUGUCCACUCGGUGGCCUACGCCUUCCCGCGCGUGAGGAUCAUCACCACGGCGGUGGACAAGCGCGUCAACGACCUCUUCCGCAUCAUCCCCGGCAUCGGGAACUUCGGCGACCGCUACUUCGGGACCGACGCCGUCCCCGAUGGCAGCGAUGAGGAGGAAGGGGGCUCUGCGGGGUAGCCGCCCUCCCCGCCCCCAGCCCCUCCUGCUUCCCCGGGGCUUACAGAGUAGAGACGUUAACGUAUUUUAAUCAAAAAACGUGUUACCGGUGUACCUUGUCUAAACAUUUUGUAAAAUAAAACUUGAAGCUGUGACUGGUUA